CUACUUUGUUCUCAAUGACUUAUGAGUUUCGAUUAUGCUGCGAGGCGCAAGUGCUUAUAUUAAAUUGAGCGACUUUACGGAACUCAGUUUCAAACUGAGCUCAUUGAAAGCAGGACGGACUUUUUUUUGGACACAAGUGAUUUUUUAGAAUCUUUUUAGGUGAAGAGUGUUUACUUUUGCUGGAAUUUUAUUUAAAUUGCUGAAAUAACCGUUAUGCGUCGCGAACUCUUGCUGCUUGGCUUGUUGCCCAUUCUCUGCAGCUUGGCUGCGAAGCAAGCGACGCCCAAUGUAGCAUGCCGGGACGAAAAUGGCGCAUUAGUUGACUGGUUCUACAUGUACAAAUUGCCGCGCAUACACACACAGUACGGCGCCCGACGCAACAGCAGCGGCUUCAACUACCUCUACAUUACAAGCAACAGCUAUGACAUCUGGCGUCUAUCGACACACGAAGUCACCUCGACCGACUCCAUGCCAGGUAAACUGCUGCAACCGCUCUUCAACGAUGAGCGCGUGCUAUUGUUGGCCUACAAUGACCAGAAGCCCAACAGUAAUUCGAGCACGCCGAAAGCACACGCCAAGGGACUGCUGGCGACAGACGGCGAGACGGCAGUGUGGUUGGUGCAUUCGGUGCCGCGUUACCCGGAAAUACCAGUUUACAAAUAUCCGCUCACAGGCGGGCGUUAUGGGCAGAGUUUUCUCUGCAUGUCAUUGCAGGCCAGCGAAGUGGAUAAAGUGGCCACGCAAUUGCGGCUAAUGGUGCCGUUGAUAUACUACACGCGCACACCCGACGCGGUGCUAGCACGCUUUCCCAUACUGCAGCAGGUGGUGGCGGGUAAGUGGCAGCGGGAGGCACCUUUUCAAAAUAAAGUCAAGCUGGCGACGCUCGGCGGCACAAAAUUCAAAUCGUUUGCGAAGAGCGGCAAGGCGGUAACGGAACUGUAUGAGGAUGUCAUAGCGCCGGCGCUGGACGUCAAUCUGCUGGUGGAGACCUGGCGUAAUGGUGGCGGUAAUUUGGAAACCAACUGCACGCGGAGCGACAAAGUCUACAACAUACAAGAGAUCAAAGAACAGCACCUGCAAAUCGCUUUCAAUACCACAUCCGAUCACUCCAAAUGGGCGGUGUCGCAGGAGAGCGGUUUUCAGCUUUGGCGUUGGCGUGUCGGCGGUGCGGAUUGGCUUUGUGUGGGCGACAUUAAUCGACAGCGGGAUCAGCUGGUGCGCGGCGGUGGCAGCGUUUGCUUGAAGAACAGCAAGGUGGCGCAACUUUAUAGGCAGCUGAUACAGGGUUAUGAGCCAUGCCCGAGGCUAAGUAAUUGAAACGAAUGAAUGCAAGCGAUAGUGGGAGGUCUAAAAUUAGUCUACGUACAUACUUACAUACUUAUGUACAUAUGCAUGUAUAUAGUUAUGUAAACUAGUAAGAUAAAAUGUUAAAUUUAGCUUAAAUAGAUUUAAGUUUAUUGCGCUUUUUGCGGAUUUUUAAACUUCCCACAUCUCACAUAACCUCAAAACUGUUAUCCAUAACGGUUUUUGUUGUUGUGGUUUGGACUGCAAAAAAUAGUUCUUAAAUAACUUUUAAUAAUGCCGUCGAGUUGAAAGUCUUUGGUUGGAUAAAAAUAAUAAGUUCGGGUUAUAUUGACUCGACUGUUGUGGUAAUUGGGACUGUGCCAUAAUUAUACAUACAUAUUCCCUAAAUUUAUUCGGCCAAUCGAAUAUUACUUCGUCGGGCCUACGUAAUCGGAACGGACCCGGAUUUUUAUCUGGCCCAGAACUUUCAACUCGGCAUUAUUCUGCCGCUGCAACAAGAACCGCCGACUCGGCAGAGUUCUGCCCGACACACAAAAACAACAUCAAACUUAUGCUACGGUUUUUUUAUCAAACAUACACUAAUUAUAUGAAACAUAUUUCUCAUAUCAUUUAAUAUUACAAAUACUCUAAAUAUUAUGUACUUUAAUUAAUUAUAAACUCACCUGCCCGCAUUUUAUGUAGCAGUCGCUUUAACACAAAAAAAAUUAAAAAUUUUGUAAAAAAUGUUGCACAGCUUGCGCUCGCAUUCAACACAACAUAUUCAUCACACAGUAAAACAUACAUACAUUGUUAAAAUAUAAACAUAUGUGGCUCAUAGUUUUUAUGAAA